AUGGCUGUAAACCGGAUCAACGGCCACGAAGAGCUGUAUGUCGGAGGCGUUUUCGGUAUCAAUCGUGCCCGGCUCCAAGAACACAAUAUCACCCACAUUCUCUCAGUCAUCAAAUACACUCUAAACCGAGACGACGACGCAUUCCGCAAUGUCGAGCACCUCAGUAUCGACAUCGACGACAUGGACGACCAGGACAUCCUCGUGCAACUCCCCAGGUUGGUACGCUUCAUCAACCGCGGUCUCCAUCCCGGGAAGUCCACACCCGACAACGACAACAACGGCGAAGCCCUAUCGACAACCGAAAUAACACCAUCACCCGACUCCGCUGCGCCAUCAUCACCCGGCGCUGUCCUCGUGCACUGUGCCAUGGGCAAGUCGCGUUCCGCCACCGCCGUGGUGGCUUACCUCCUCUGGAAACACCCGCACCGUUUCGGCAAAGCGAAGCCGACGACAACAGCCCAACAAGCGGUCGCACAAGCGGUGGAAUGGGUACGCAAGACCCGGCCCCUAGCCGAGCCCAACGACGGCUUCAUGCGCCAACUCGAAAUAUGGUGGGACAUGGGCUGCCCGGCCGGCAGCGACGACGCGGUCGAGAAGGAGCCCACAUACCAACGCUGGCUGUACAAGCGGGAGGUUGAAGACGCGGCGCGCAUCGGGCGAGCUCCCGAAUGGAUACGCUUCGAGGAUGAGGAGACAACUGGGGGCGCUGUUAAGGCCACGGAGGCCUCUACGGGGAUAGAGCUCAGAUGUAAGAAAUGCCGGCGUGUGCUAGCCACGGGUCCCUUUAUCGUACCGCAUCACGGCACGGACGAGGUGGGCCGGGCGGAUUGCCCCCAUUUCUUCAUCGAGGCGCUUUCAUGGAUGCGCCCGAUCCUGGACGAAGGCGCGCUCGACGGCCGCUUGAUAUGUCCAAAUGCCAAGUGCUCGGCUUCUAUCGGCCGGUACGCCUGGCAGGGGUUCAAGUGUAGCUGCGGCGAGUGGGUUGCCCCGGCCUUCUCGUUGCAGAACAGCAAGGUCGACAAAGUUGUCAAGGGGAGGCAGGGCGCUGGAGCCGGUGCCGUUACUGAGCGGAUGGCUGCCCUAGGGAUCCGCAUGCCACCAGGGGCUGCAAGAGUGCCCCCUGCGGCAACGCCCGACCACGUCGCCGAGAGGUACAAAGGGAAUCUGUGA